CCCACGUGUUUAACGUGUAAAUGAAUAUAUAUAUAUAAAAUCAUGAAGGAAUCAUUAUUAACAAAUUGUGAAAGAAAUUUCAUAAAUAAGGCAGUAGAGGAAGGAACGCGAUUAGAUGGCAGAAAUUUAUUGGAAGCGCGGCCGGUUAAAAUUUAUUUUGGAUCCAGUUGGGGUAGCUGUAUGGUUUUACUCGGGCAAACUAGGGCAGUAGUACAAGUAACGUGUGACAUUCAACAACCAAACACUUCUCGUCCCAAUGAAGGAAUGUUACACAUUAAUGUUGAACUUAAUCCAUUGGCAGCACAACAUUUUGAUGGUGGAAGACAAUCUGAGUCUUCAAUAUUGAUUAGUAGACAGCUUGAAAAAUGUUUUAAAGAUUCAAAGUGUAUAGAUCUGGAAUCAUUAUGUAUUGUGGCUGAUAAAAAGGUAUGGAAUUUAAGAGUUGACAUAAAUAUUAUUAAUCAUGAUGGGAAUUUAAUUGACUGUGCUUCCAUUGCAACAUUAGCUGCUCUUUCACAUUUUCAUAGACCAGAUGUAACUUCAACAGGUGAAAAUAUCAUAAUUCAUUCUUUUGCUGAAAAAGAUCCUUUACCUUUGACAUUAUAUCAUUAUCCAGUUUGUGUAUCCUUUAUAACAUUUGAAAGUGGAAAUACAAUUAUGGAUCCCACAUAUCUAGAAGAACGAGUUGGUGUUGCUCAACUCACACUUGGCAUGAAUUCUUACAGAGAAGUUUGUAGUUUACAUUUUAAUUAUUUGAUGAAAACUAUGACUGUGGAGGAUGUGAUAUCAGCAGUUUCCAAUUAUGCAGCAAAUUAUGCUGCUAAAUUAGUGAAACAGAUUAAAGAAGCAGUAACUCAUGACGUGGAAGCAAGGUAUAAUAAAAAUGACCAUAAUACAAAUCGUUUCAAAGAGUGCAUAACAAUGAGAAAAUUGACUACAAUGAACAGUGAAUGUAUUAGUAUUAAACUGCACAAAUGGGGCCAAUUAGAAAAAGAAGAACCUGAUGCAGAAGCUAAUUUGGAGGAGGAUGAAGGUAACAGGUACAAAAUUAUAAAACCUGGAGAAGCUUCAGCUGAAUUAAUAGUAGGCAAUGGUAUGUCAGUUGGUGAAGGUGGACCUAAUACAUGGAAUGUGUCAGAAUCCUCAGAAGAAGAAACAGGUGACAUUGAAAUGACCACUGAAGUAAGAAAGGAAGAAAAUAAAGUGUUAGAUAAUAUAGAAAUAAGUGGAGAUAGUGAAGAAGAAACCACUGAAAUGUUGGAUUCAAGAGAUAUAAUGCAGUAA